AUGGCGGGGGUGAAGCUGGAGCAGAUGGAGCAGAUUGUCUCUCAGGUGAAAGAGGAGCCUCUCUGUGUGAAGGUUAAAGAAGAAGAUGAGGAUAAGACCUGGUUUUCAGUUCCUGUGAAGGAGGAGGAGCCAGACUUGGGGGCGGAGUCAGACUCUAGUUGGGACUGGGAGCCUCCGGCCAGUCAGACGCUCCGAGGGAAGAUUCUGUCCAGACUGCAGCUGAACUCUGAUCAGUCUCUGGAGUCUGUGGCCACAGGGAAAGCUGAAGGUGAGGAGUUUGCUCUUCGUCGCAGAGACAGACCUUUCAGCUGCUCAGACUGUGGUAAACACUAUUCUAAGAAGAGUCACUUACAGAGACACAAACUGGUGCAUUCUGGACAGAAACCUUUCGGCUGUUCCCAGUGCACCAGCCGCUUCCUGACGCAGGCGCAGCUGAGCGCACACAUGCACGUGCACUCCAUACGCAGAUCCUUCAGCUGCUCAGCGUGCGGGAAAGGCUUCAGCGUCCAAGCCCAGCUGCAGCGCCACAUGUUUGUCCACGAGGCCAAUAGACCCUUCAGGUGCUCAGCCUGUGGGAGGAGUUUCCGCAUGAGGGUGGAUCUGAGGCGACACAUGCGUGUGCACGCUGAGGCGCGGCCGCACCAGUGCCCCUCGUGCCCCAAGAGCUUUAGAUUUGACUCUAACCUGACGCAGCACCUGAAGACACUGCACCUGAUGUGCCGCGUGUGUGAGCAGAGCUUCAGGGACAGGGAACAGCUGCAAGAGCACUUCCUCUCGCCUCAGCACCAGGCGCGCCUCGUCCAGACCUGCAGACAGUGCGGACGCACCUUCACCAGCCACGCCGCGCUGCAGCGACACACCCAGCACCUAAAGAGACUGCACAUCCUCUGCCCCGUGUGUGAGGAGCGCUGUCACAGCAACGCCACGCUCAACCAGCUCCUGGAGGAGCAUGUACAGGAAGAGGUUGAGGCCAAGCCCUUCAGCUGCUCCGUGUGUGUAAUGGGGGCGCUUUACCCACAGGGCACAGCUGCUCCAGCACCUCCUGCAGUGCGCCUCCUGCAGGGGCACCUCCUGCAGGUGCCUCUCCUGCAGGUGCACCUCCUGCAGGUGCGCCUCCUGCAGGUGCACCUCCUGCAGGUGCGCCUCCUGCAGGUGCGCCUCCUGCAGGUGCGCCUCCUGCAGGUGCACCUCCUGCAGGUGCGUCUCCUGCUUGUGCACCUCCUGCAGGUGCACCUCCUGCAGGUGCGCCUCCUGCAGGUGCGCCUCCUGCAGGUGCACCUCCUGCAGGUGCACCUCCUGCAGGUGCACCUCCUGCAGUGCACCUCUUGCAGGUGCGCCUCCUGCAGGUGCACCUCCUGCAGGUGCACCUCCUGCAGGUGCGCCUCCUGCAGUGCGCCUCUUGCAGGUGCGUCUCCUGCAGGUGCGCCUCCUGCUUGUGCACCUCCUGCAGGUGCGCCUCCUGCAGGUGUGCCUCCAGCAGGUGCACCUCCUGCAGGUGCACCUCCUGCAGUGCACCUCUUGCAGGUGCCCCUCCUGCAGGUGCGCCUCCUGCAGGUGCGCCUCCUGCAGGUGCACCUCCUGCAGUGCACCUCCUGCAGGUGCCCCUCCUGCAGGUGCCCCUCCUGCAGGUGCGCCUCCUGCAGGUGCACCUCCUGCAAGUGCACCUCCUGCAGUGCACCUCUUGCAGGUGCCCCUCCUGCAGGUGCAUCUCCUGCAGUGCACCUCUUGCAGGUGCGCCUCCUGCAGGUGCGCCUCCUGCAGUGCGCCUCCUGCAGGUGCGCCUCCUGCAGGUGCACCUCCUGCAGUGCACCUCCUGCAGGUGCGCCUCCUGCAGGUGCGCCUCCUGCAGUGCGCCUCCUGCAGGUGCACCUCCUGCUUGUGCACCUCCUGCAGGUGCACCUCCUGCAGUGCACCCCCUGCAGGUGCGCCUCCUGCAGGGGCACUUCGGAGACCAGCCAAUGA